AUGCCCAUGCCUACAGCCACCCCUGCGCUCAGAUUCCCUCCGGAAGAGGAGCAGCUCCAGCUCUGGAUCUCCAGCAUGCGGACAGCUGCAGGAUGGAGACCCUCAGAGUCUGCACGUUUAUGUUCAGAUCAUUUCACCUCCGACUGCUUCCAGACUUCAGGACAUUUAUACUCCUUCGCUGUCCCCUCUGUGUUUCAGUCCACGGAAGAAACAUCCGUGACACGCCCAGAAACUUCCGAACACAAACUGUGUGAUGGCUGUGAAAAACAACUCCACCUGAUUGAAAAGUCGUACAAACUAAAAUUACUGUCAGCCCAACUGAAACUGAAGAAGUACGAAAAGCAGCUGAGUGGGCAUUCCCACGAGAUGACAAAGCUAGAGAGAAGAGUGGUUGUUUUACAGACCGCAGUGAAGGUCAUGAAAAUGAGGACGCUCAUGUCCACACCCAAAAGAUCAGAAUCUUCAUCAAAUACCACUGGCUUGUAG